GCCUCCCUCUGUUGUUUUUCUUUUUUUCCCCCAGGUUUGAGCAUUGCUCACAAAUCGAAUUGUGAAAUCUGCUCCCUGUGGUCAGAAUAAUUUCCACUUUGUAUUAUGUAUAAACACAGUCCUAAAUUAUUAUGUAACUGAAAGUAAAACGGAAUGGAGCAGGGGGUGGAGCACUGAGUACUCCACCAGAGCAAACUUAAUCCUAGUUUCCGUAUCAACUUGCUACAUAGAUUUCCGAAGCUUUGUUCAGAGAUACAGUCUAAGAUGGGUGUCUGCUCUCUAGAUAAAAGUAAUCCUUUUGGAAAGACAUAUCUGGUGUUUCUAUGAAAGUCCCCUGUAAAAUUUCAGCCGGUUGGUUGGAAUGCUCUUGAUAGAUUAUCUGAGAGCCACUUCGAGAUUUAUUGCAGCUAAAUGUACCUGCCUGAUCCAGAUUCGGCUCUGCUGUUCUGAGUGAUGUUGCAGUGAGCUGGGGGAUGGCACAGCCAACACAAAACUCUGCUGGAGCAUGGAGAAAGCUGGAGAGUCAGAAAAUACACGUGAAAAAUAUUUGUCUCCAGUACCAACUGUACCUACUUUUGAACAGCUAUUUCUUUUGCCUUUUAAAGAAUAAGACUGGACUAACCAUCUUCUUCCUAUGUGCGUAUGUACCAAAGACAGAAGCAAAUCACUGUAAGUGGUCAGAAGUUCUGAAAGACUUGGAGCUGAUCAAGACAUCUCAAGACAUUGAUGUCAGUUUAUAUACUGCAAACACAGACGAGGAUAAAGAAUGCCAGGAACCCGUAAUGAGAUGCUUUUUUUUAGAGAUGAAAGUGAUUCUUCAUGAAUGUAGUAUAAAAAAAUGUAGUAGAACACAGGAUGUAUUCAACAUUUGGAAAAAUGGAAAUGCGAGAUUUGAAACUACCCAUUUGAAUUCCACAACAUCAAAAAAAUGCAAACAAUGUGAAGAAUAUGAAGAGAAAAAUUUUACAGAAUUUAUACAGAGUUUUGUAAAGGUUAUACAGAAGGAAUGCAAAUAAUACAAUGACCAAAAUACUCAAGCUGGGAACAGUGACUGUUCAAGAAACAUACCUCAGAUAAAAUAACACUGAACUAAAAAGAACUUCACUUCUAGUCCUAUUUGCACAGAAUAAAAAAUAAAAUAAAAUAAAAUAUCUUUAAUGUGUAAUGUUUUCAUAACUGAAUACGUGCAAGUAAAAAAUAAAGGAAUUUAAGAUUUU